AUGAAACGAAGAAUCACCCUAAUCCAGCGCGUUGAUGCUGGAUUCGACCCGCAGCAAGCUGUUUUAACCGCAUCAUCCCUCUCCAUCCGCGGCCUGGACGCCGCGCGGGAGGAUCGAAUUACGAUUGGACUAGACAAGCUCCCAGAAGAGGCAUCGUUCAUCACACCCCCGCCAUUAUCGACACGAUUCGCUUCCUCGGCCUCCCUACAAUUUUACACCCACCUCCCUUCCAUCAAGCAUCUGGUCGAAUAUAUUCAGAACACUGUCUGUGAUCAGAGUCGUACAGAUGGCCCCGAGUGCCACACCCGGGCCGAUGCUCUCCUCUCCGCAGACUCGGUCGAUAUCGACUAUGACAGCAGUUCGCACGCCUUGACUGUGUCCGGGCUCUGGACUAGUCCACCGACGGGCGGUUGGACCGAUCAAUUUCAGACGCCAGCAUCCGAUGCCGAUCAAAUCGAGUUCGGUCUCUUGGGCGCCGAGGCAGGACUUGAGCCAGAGGAGAUCAAGAUGGGCGGGCUGUUAGCGGUUGUCGGACAGGACAAGAAGCUAAAACCAACCAUGUUCUCAUUCCCCUCCCGUCACCAACCUCUCACUGAACCGUCGAGCUAUACCGUCUCAUUCGCUCCCCCAACUGGUCUUCAUCCAACGAUGUCUAUAUCUAUGCCCCGAUCAUCCCUCAAACGACCACCAGCACCCAGCGAUGCAACCUGUGCUCUACACACAUACCUCACACUCCCCUCCACCAUCUUCGGAGAUCAAUACCAGCUCGCCACAACAGAUCCACUCUUCCUCGAGUCACACAAACUCGUAGCUCUGCGUGCCUUGGCAGGCGAAAUGGAUCUUGAAGCCCCGGACUGGGUUGUUCAGCGCUGGGGCUCAAACUGGCUCCUCGAACUAACAACCCCCCCAGAAACCGAAGACGUGGCCAGCAUACCAGACCCCUCAAACUGGACUUCUACCAUUCCUCUACACCUGCGCUACCUGCCGCCAUCCGAAACAGGGCAUCGCACUGCCCACGUUCCCUGGCCCGUCGUCUUCUGGGCCUGUACUACCGAGGACGACACGAAGAUGGGUAUUAAUCCCUUCGACCGCUCAAACCUCGGCUGGGAUAGCUUGUUCGGUCCGCGAACCCUGUUCUACCAGCUUCAGCCUGCGGGUGAUCGUCUUGUUGAGGAGAUCGAUGUGCCGGUUCUACGUCUUACGGGAGAUGGCUACUUCCAGGGUAAACACAUCGAGCUUGGCACUUGCGUGGUUAUCUCUCUUGGGUUCAUGUGGGUGCUUUGGCGACUUGUUUGUGUUGCAUGGCCGUCUGGUGCUGGAAGUAAACGGGCCGAGACUGCGCACAAUAAGAAAGAAGAAUAG